CGUUGGACCCCUUAGUCAGCCUUAACCCCCCCCCCCCCCUCGUCCUGGUUGUGAAGGGAAUCUCUGCUCCGACGACCAGGUGGAGAAGGGGGUUGAUGCGGCAGUGGUACGUGCUGAUGGUCCAUAGUUAUGUGGUUCUGAUUCUGAUCGUUUUCCAAACCGUUGGCGUUUCGAGUCCUCCUAGUGGGACGGGUUCCCGUGGCCCGGUUUGUGCGGGCUCAAGGCGGGAGAGCAGUGAGUCGACCGGUGUGUCGACAAGUCAUUUCAGGAUGAGUCCCUCUUUCUUUCUGUAUAUGUAUGUCUCUCUGCGUUGCUGGACGGUGGUCAUUGGUUUGGCAAGUUCAAGACAUCAGCACAUGGUUGGGCGGACGCGCUCGGUCGGCGUUAUGAUUGUACGACGACGAGAGCCCCGGACGAGAGGCCAGGCGAGAGCGUUGGAGAAGGUCUGAGUCCUACCCGAGAGAUCCGGAUUGGAAGAUUGGAAGAGAGAGAAUAAGUGGAGAGCGAACGUCCGGGGUUGCCGCUGCCCCUGGCCGGCAAAAGAAGAGAGUGGCCCAAGUGACGAACAUGGAAUUUGGUGGGGGUGGAGAGGGCGGUUGUAAACUGUAAGACAAAAGAUGAAAUGAAGGCGGCAUCUUUGGAGUCGCUGGUACGAUGUGGCAUUACGUCGCCAGCCGAGCUUCGCAAAGGGAAGCGAACAGUUCCGGGGGGUGGGGGGCGGUGGUUAGCGAGGCGUCGGGUUCGCAACGGAAGCCGGUGCUUUCGAACGGCUUCUGAGGUUUGUCCCAAGAAGGAGAUCUUUCUGUGGCUGAGAAGCAGAAACGGGGAAGACGUGGCUGCCCGCCGGGCGACGGGUGUCAAAG